AUGCCUUCUUCUCUUCAGCUUGAGAGAUUCAAUCCUACAACAGAUGCAACCGCUUCAGCAGCCAUCGCCAACGGUGUAAACUGUCCCAAACAACCACAAACGCCACCACCCGCGGCAGCGCGUCGUCUUCACCACGCGCAUAUGGUGGGACCCAACCAGUGUUGCUCCGUCGUGACUCAAAACAUCGACGCACCCGUCUCCGCCGUGUGGCCGGUGGUUCGACGCUUCGACAAUCCGCAAGGAUACAAGAACUUUGUUAAAAGUUGCCACGUCAUUACCGGAGACGGCAUUAACGUCGGUGCAGUCCGUGAAGUUCGCGUGGUUUCCGGGCUUCCAGCCGAGUCGAGUACAGAGCGGUUGGAGAUUCUCGACGAUGAGCGGCACGUCAUCAGCUUUAGCGUUGUCGGUGGGGAUCACCGUCUGAGAAACUAUCGGUCGGUGACGACGCUUCAUUCUGUAGACGGAAACAGGACACUUGUCAUUGAGUCAUACGUCGUUGAUGUACCGCAAGGUAAUACGAAGGAGGAAACGUGUGUUUUUGUUGACACAAUCGUACGUUGUAAUUUACAGUCGUUGGGUCAGAUCGCUGAAAACAGGAUCAGAAACAAUGUUUAA